AUGUCUGAUCCGGCACCAUCCAUCAAAAGUUCCGAAUCUGCCACCAUGGAUCUGGAGGAUGGGCCACUCUUUCGAGCCACCAUUACUCAAUUGGAGGGACGCACAGGUGCAUUGAAGGCCAAUGUGAAACGCAUACUCAAAGCAGCCAUGGCGUCUUUGGAAGCCAAGCGAGCGUUACUCCAAGCGGAUACCGAGUUUGUGAGCGUGUUGCGAGACAUAUCGAGUGUGGAACCUCUUUUUACACAUUAUUUGAACGACUCGUGGCCAAAAAUGCAUGAACAGUGGGAACGACUAGAGCAUUCGAUGCAAUCUCUUUUACUUGAUCCACUCGAGAAGUUGUAUCAAAUGGAUAUCAAAACAGCUGAACAUCAUCGACGCCAAUUUGAGGAAGAGAGCAAAGAGUAUUAUACCAACCUCGGCAAAUAUCUAAAGACAAAGACCGAGCAAGAUGACGGCAUUCAACAAAAGAAGAAGCAGCAUUUCGAUCUUGUUCGUUUCGAUUAUCACAGCUUCUUGAUGGAUUUACAUGGCGGCAAAAAGAAUCAGGAACUCUUGUAUCAUCUUUUCAGCUAUCAACAAAAGCAAUACGCGUUUUAUCAGACAAUGGCUGAAUCACUUGAACCAUACAAAGUUGGAUUGGAUCAGCUGGCAUCUAUCAUGGCCGAUGCAUCGCGUGAGCAGAAUCAAGUUUACAAGGAACGACAUGAGAAACGCAAGAUAUUGGAAGGCAAAUUGGAUGAGCAACCCUGUCAACAAAGGACAUCACUCGAUCACCACCAGCAGCAACAAUUACCACAAGUGGCACAGUCACCGCCAUCACUUUUGGUAAUGGAAUCUGAUCUUGAUCCAACUACUGCACAUGAUCAGCAUCCACCAAUCGAAGAUAAAUUCCGCGGCAUUCGAGAUUUGCAGCAACAAGAUCGAGAAUUGAUCAGUGGCAGUGGACGGCGUAAGGAAGGAUUCUUAUUUGCAACAUCCAAACCAUCCAAACAUAGCGCAUUCGAUAAGGCAUCAGGUGCUGCAGCCAAUUGGCACAAGUAUUGGUGCGUCUUGAGUGGAGGUCAACUACACGAAUACAGCAACUGGAAAGGGCAAUUGCAGACACACAUUGAUCCUAUCAAUUUACGAUUUGCAACGGCACGAGAAGCACGCAACACAGAGAGAAGAUUUUGCUUUGAAGUGAUUACCAAUCAAUUUCGACGUGUCUAUCAAGCUACCUCACAUGAAGAGAUGCAGAGUUGGAUUGCAACCAUCAACAAUGCUAUUGAAAGUUUAUUGAAUGGAAUGGGAAGUUCGGUGGACCUUUCUAAACCAGCCAUGGCAGCGGCAGCAGCGGCAGCAGCAGGAGGAGGAGCAGAUGAUAAUGGGACGCUUAGCAGCAAACGUAACAGGAAUCAUGCUCGAUCUUUGAGUGGCGCUCUUCGCAAUGGAUUGAAACGACAAAGUGGGGAUAGUUUGGGAAUUGCAGCACAAGACUUCUUAUCGUCAUCCAUCGACAAUACAUCAUCCAAUGAACAACAACAUCAACAUCAACGUUUUCGAUGGUCUACUUUGAGCUUUGGAAAAUCACCUUCUCUUCAUCAGCAGCCUUUCAAUAAUUACACCGUCACCGAUGCUACUCCCAAUACUGAAUUGCUAUGCAAGUUGAAACAAGAUCCUUCCAAUGGAUAUUGUGCAGAUUGUGGUGAUCCAAACCCUGAAUGGUGUUCUUUGAAUCUUGGUAUUUUGCUUUGCAUUGAAUGCUCUGGUAUUCAUCGAUCAUUGGGUACGCAUAUUUCCAAAGUACGAUCUUUGACAUUGGACAGCGCAUCGUAUACACCUGAUAUCGUAUCACUAUUACGUGCCCUUGGAAACGGCCGAUCCAAUGCAAUUUGGGAAUCAUCAUUAUCAGCAACGACCUCAGCCACUACCACCACUACCACUACCGAUUCCUCAACAAUAGAAGGCAACGCGGCUGCUGGAUCAACAUCUCCCAAACCGGAUGAUACCCGAAAUACCAAGUUGAAAUACAUUCAGGCGAAAUACGUCGAGAGAGCCUUUGUUCAACAUACCAGCGAUGAUCCUCAAGCACUACUCUUUGAUGCCAUUGACAAGGAUGAUAUACCCGCUGCCAUGCAUGCGAUUGCUCUUGGUGCCGAUGUCAAUGCAUGCCGCACUGAUGAAAAGAAUGUGAUACGGAUACCAGUGGGUGCUGCUUCGGAUGAUGACGAUGAACAGCAACAAUGGGAAAAGAGCUUAUCAUUGGGAACAGCCGAGUACAUUGUACGAUACCCCAUUCAUUUUGCACUUUUGCAUGGACGUGUGGCAUUGGAUCAUGAUGAUCGAGAGCACUUGUUUCCUAUGGCUGAAAUGCUACUACAAAAUGGAGCAGAUACGGGUCUUGUUGAUCCAGCAACAGGGUACAGCAUAUCCGAAUUGGUUGGCAUUGGCGAUUUGGUCGAAGAUGAAGCUAUCACUUAUUUGAAUACGAAGAAUGCUGCACGAGGCCAAUCUCCCAUUGCACGAUCCAGCAUGCCACCACCCCCACGUAGGCGUCAUGAAUCCAAUGAUUCCGAUAAACUUAUAGUAUAA